AUGGUGGAGAAGUACUGUCCUAAAUAUUUCAAAGAAGACUUCCGCUGGGAUCCAAUUCUUGGACAGUGGGGUUAUGAAGUUGUUACAAAGCCUGCCCACCUGUUCCCCUGGUCUGAAAAAGUCUUCAUGAAUGAAAUCUUCGGUGCAGAGAAAGGUGAAAUAAACGAAGUCUUCACCCCGCACAAUGGUCUUUUCACAAACCCGAAGAUUAAGGAGGCACUUGAUAAGGGGUACAUUGCCAUCGUACCAGACAUUGAUCUUGAACCUAUUGACCAUUGGCAACCUUUCAACAACGCCGAAUGUGGAAAGGCCAAAGCAUGGGAGGAUAGAUCUGUGAAAGACUACAAGAUCAUUGUUAUCGACAAACAGCAUGCAGAGAGAGGUGACUUGAACGCCCGACACGUGCAACAUGAACUCCGGAAGUAUACACGUUACUGGGGAACAGGUGGCAAGUACGUCAAGAAAAGCCAGUUACUGGGACUUGUUCAGGAACUUGGCCCUGACGUGGGAAGUUUUCUGACAGAGGGGCUUGGGAAACCAGAAGGCGAGAAACCUACCUUUGAAGCGGUCCACGCCUUGGUGGAAGCAGUUGCGGUAAAAUCCGUAAAGGACAACAAUGAGUUUUUGGAAGACAACGAUCCAAAUGACUCUGAUGGCUCUGAAUUGUAUGAACAAGGUCUCUAUUUAUUUGACUAA